AUGUUGUUUACAUCCCUACUCGCGGGUCUGACUCUGGCCGCCUCGGCCGUAGAGGCUUUCCCUCAUCGUCCUCAUGAGAUCAGAACCUUCUCCAAUAAGGUCAUAUUCGUGCCUCCGACGAAUUAUACGGAUCCUCGUGUGCUCUAUGCUCGCACUGCUGAGCUCCAGGACGGGACACUCCUCGCCACCUGGGAGAAUUACUCCCCGGAGCCUCCGCCGGUGUACUUUCCCAUCUUUGAAAGUAAGGAUAGCGGCCUGUCUUGGAAAGAGAUCUCUAAGGUCACCGAUCAAGGCUAUGGCUGGGGACUACGCUAUCAACCGUUCUUGUACGAGCUGCCUAUACCGUUCGGAGGCUUUCCCGCUGGAACUGUACUUCUUGCCGGGAGCUCUAUUCCUACGGAUCUUAGCAAGACACAGAUCGAUUUAUACGCCAGCACGGAUAAGGGACACACUUGGAAAUUCGUCAGUCACGUCGCGGCAGGAGGUCGCGCCGUACCGAACAACGGCGAGACACCAGUAUGGGAGCCAUUCCUGAUGAUUUACAAGGACCUCAUGGUCAUGUACUACUCGGAUCAGCGCGAUCCAGCCCACGGACAAAAACUAGUUCACCAGACGUCUAAGGAUCUCAGGAAUUGGGGUGCUGUGGUCGACGAUGUCGCUUAUGCUGAGUACACUGCUCGCCCCGGCAUGACCACCGUAACUAAACUGCCCAAUGGCAAGUAUAUAAUGACCUAUGAGUACGGCGGUGGCCCGGGUUACUCGUCAUAUACCUUCCCGGUCUACUACCGUAUUGCUGCCAACCCCUUGGAGUUCAAUUCUGCUCCAGGACAUGCCAUCGUUGCCAAAGACGGCACGGCGCCGAUCGGAAGCCCUUACAUCACCUGGAGCAGCGAAGGCGGAAAAGAUGGAACUAUCAUUGUUAGUGAUGGAAGUCAUUCUGAUAUCUUCGUGAACCGCGCUCUUGGUGCGGACAACCAGUGGGAAAAGUAUUCGACUCCACAGCCGGUAGCAUACACACGCCAUCUGAGGGUCUUUAGCGAGGAUCCGAACCGACUGUUGAUUAUGGGAGCAGGACAUCUUCCUCCAAGUACGACAAAUAAUGUCAGUCUGAGUGUAGUGGAUCUGAAGAAGACCAUACACCUCACUUAG